AUGAUAAAUGCAGAAGAGAUCAGUCAUGCUGACAAGAAACAACUUUUCGAUGAUGUUGACCAAAAAAUAGACGUCAUCGAAUUCCUGGAUGAUUAUUCAUUAGCAGAAAUAUUUAUGCUGCUGCCAAUACCUGAUAGAAUGGCCAUGGAAAAAGUUUGUCUAAAAUGGGAAGAAGCCUGUAAACUAGCUUGGUAUAAAACUAAAAAGUACAAAUGUGGCCGUACAAUUGGUCGUGCUUAUAAUGACCAGUUGCUAACACAAUCAUAUGUCGAAAAAUUAUUAUUACAAUGUGGUAUUCAUUUAAAUGAAUUGUGUCUUUCCAAAAUUUGCACCUCAAGUAUCAUGCCAGUGAUUGGUGAAUAUUGUAAAUAUUUAACGAGACUUGAAUUCGUAUUGAACCAGAGAUCAAAAGUCAAUACUGAUGACUACAUUCAAGCUUUCAAGAAGUUAGAUAAAUUGAAAUACAUCAAAAUAAAAGCAACUCCUUUGGAAAAUCAUAUGAUCCCUAAUUUGAAUUAUGAAAUAUUUGAUAGUCUUCCGGAAGAAAUAAAUGAAAUUCAUUUAUAUCAUCCAAAAGUCACGACCGACACGAUACCACUGUUUUUUAAUUUAAAAAAGUAUAAAAGUCUUCACAGCUUGACAUUGAGUGGCUGUACUUUAGAUAAUAUUAUACAACAAAUUUCUGAACAAAUACCACUCGUUUAUCUUGAUCUUGACAAUUCUGUGAACUAUGAUAAUGAUAAUAAUGAUAAUACUGAUAAUAGUAAUAUUCGAGUUCCUUCUGCAAGUAUUUUUGAUGAGUUAUCAAAAUUAGAAUAUCUUGAAUAUUUAAAUAUCGCAUGUGUCGAAAACUUUCAAGACAGUAGUCUUAUUGCUAUUGCCAAAGAAUGUACAAAUCUCGAGUUUUUGAAUAUAAGUAAUUGUAGAUAUAUUACUGAAGCAGGUCUCGAUGCCAUAAUUGGAAUAAAAUCAUUACGAAGGUUAAAUGUCAGAGCACUUAAAUGUGUUACAGACAGUUUUGUUGGAAAACUAAAAGGAUUAAAUUCUUUGGAAUGUGGCCGAUGCACAAAAGUUACUGAUGUUGGUAUUAUUCAAUUCAUAGAAAAUUGUCCGGAUCUUAAACAUCUUUAUGUCGGCUACACUUGUAUGACAAUUGAUACUAUUAUUGCUGCCAACCAAGCAACAAAAUAUCGUGAAAAUAAUAUUGUUUUGCAUAUACAUGGUUGUCAUGAAGAGCUCAAAGCAGUUUGUAGAUCAAUUAUUGAAUCUAAAUGGCUGGUUACAUCCUAUAUGAUAAAGCUUUAA